AUGAAGUCAGCUGCCGUUCUCGUCGUAAUCUUUAUAUGCCUGUGGCUUUGCCGAUUUGGAGAAGCUAUACUUCUGGAGCCAAAUUGCGGAAUUCGGACUAUGCCGUCCUUUCACCAAAUGAGAAUCAUCGGCGGCAGUGAUGCUGAGAUCACUUCCCAUCCCUGGAUGGCCUAUCUGUACAACGAGCUUAAUUAUUUCUGCGCUGGCACACUCAUAACCAAUCAAUUCGUCCUGACGGCCGCCCAUUGCAUUGAAGCGUCUAAAAACUUAACUGUUCGUUUGGGAGGAAGUGGACUCCCACGAAGUGCCGGUUCCAUGUGCCAGAUCACAGCUGAGGACUACUCUGUUAGCAUGGUCAUAAAUCAUAAGUACUUCACACCUUCGAUCAUGCUAAAUGACAUCGCCAUGAUUCGCCUUGCGAGAACUGUGAAAUUUAACGAUCACAUCAGGCCGAUCUGCAUUAUCCUGGACCCGGCGAUGAGGCUCUUGCUGGAGGAUGGAAUGACCCUCACAGCCACCGGUUGGGGAUUGACUGACAACAAAAUGCGUCCACCAGCUCUCCAGGAUGCCCCCAUCACAGUGAUGAAUAGGUAUGUGUGCAGCAAACUGUAUGACGUCACAAUAACACAAGGACAAAUCUGUGCCGGAGACAAGGAGACCAACACUUGCUUGGGCGACUCGGGCGGACCACUUGGUGGUGUAGUCAACUACUACGGGGAUCUUCGGUUCGUACAGUACGGGAUAACAAGCUUCGGGGAUUCGGAAUGCCACUCACCGAGUAUUUAUACCGAUCUGAGCACCUACUCCGGAUGGAUUAAUAUGGUUGUGAAUCAAUAUAGGACAUAA